ACCCGCGAGUCAAAACAUCAACCAACAAUAGUUGUUUAUUCACUUCCAGCUGGCUUGUUAUUAUAAAUUUUUGUAUUGCUCAGAAUUGUGAAUUGUUGGGUCAUUUUGUGAUUUGUGAUAAAUAACCCAAUGAAUUGGUCCUCAUGAGCGGUCGUGGAAUUGGACGUGGGAGAGGCUCGUUACUUCCACCGAAUGGGGCAGGUUCAGGUAGUCUUGGUGGUGGGAGAGGUCGUGGAGGAGGGCGAGGUGUGCUUUUUUCGUCCGACCACUUUGUGCUAGAAGAUGACGACGAGGCAGAGCAAGAAACGGCUGUGACAGGAUUCCAAAGAGAACGAGAGGAUGCCACACCCUCACAAUCUGACUCUGACGAGGACGACUUUAUUUCACAGUUUCGGAAACUACACGCCCCAAGGACCACGGUUUCCGAAGCCUCGAGAAGCACGACCUCGACUGGUACGGUGAGAUGGUCGGGACGUGGAAGGAAACCGGCCGGAGCUGCAGGCGGAGGAGUAUUAGAUCUUGUAGAUAACUGUUAUCCUGUGAUAGCGGAGACACCAUCCCCAACCAAGGUAUAUUCUUCGGUGUCUUCCUCGUCUGGAGAGGAGUUGUCUGGAGCGUCGUCGGGAGGAAAUGCCGUCAUCGUCAAAUCUGGAGAACUAGGGAAGAAUGUCAGCAUGUGCGUUAACUACAUACGGCUGGAACACUUGGAGAAAGAUCGGGGUGGAGUUUGGGAGUACCACGUCGAUUUUGACCCACCGCUCGGCUCCAAGAAACUCCGAUGGUCCGUCCUCCACUCGUUGGUUGACAUUAUGGGCCCCACUCUCAACUUUGACGGUGGCUCGAAACUGUUUCUCCCCUUUGAAUUGAGGGACGGCGUCACGAAUUUAUCAACACCGCACCCUGCCGAUCAUGACGAUACUGUGGAUGUUGUCAUCAAACACAUCAAGAAACAGGAGCUAGAAGAAUCUGUCCAUUUUUAUAACAUUCUCCUGAGACAAGUCUUCCGCGAGUUGGGUCUCAUCGAGAUGCAACGAAACUUUUAUGAUUACAAGAAUAUCUUUCAAGUUCCGGAGCACAAACUGGAGAUUUGGCCUGGCUUCGUGACAGCGGUUGAAGUCUACCAGGAUGGUCUCAUGCUCAACUGCGACUCGUCCUUCAGAGUUUUGAGGACGGACACAAUGUUAAAUGCUCUGGACCAGAUGAUGUACACGGAACAGAAUGAAGGCGUCCACAGGUACAAUGCCCGCGAGAGGUUCAAGGAGUACGCCCUUGGAAAGGUGGUCCUCACCAAGUACAAUAACAAGCACUACCGAGUGGACGACGUGGACUGGGAAAGCACCCCAGAAUCCACUUUCACACAAAUGCGGAACGGCAAUCCAGUUCAAGUCUCCUUCAUCGAGUAUUAUAGAACCAAUUAUAACGUGAUAAUUCGUGACUCUGAUCAACCCAUGUUGGUCACGAGGGGGAAGAUUAAGCGACAACAACAUGCAAGCAAUUGGAGUCCACCAGAAAAUAUUCUUCUCGUUCCAGAGCUCUGUUUUGUCACAGGUAUGACGGAAGAAAUUACGUCAGAUUUCAGGAUUAUGAAAGUUGUGGCGGAUAAAACGAGGAUUCCACCGUUGCAGAGGUAUCACGCUCUGCAAGCGUUCAUCGAGUCGGUUAAUACCCAGCCAAAAGUGAGGUCAAUUUUUGAAAAGUGGGGGUUGAGACUGGCAGAUGGAAUAGUCAAUCUUAACGGGAGAGUCAUUGGCCCACCCAAAAUGAUUCUGGGGGGCAAUGCUGUAGUACUGCCACAAGGUGGCGAGUUUAACAGAGAUUUGCUUCGAAGUCAAGUGCUCGAGCCGGUCCCCAUCCAAGAUUGGUUGGUCGUCUGCUCCUCAAUGGACGAACCAAGGGCCAUCCGAGCCAUCCAAAACUAUGGCCAGGUUGCUCGUCCACUUGGCAUUCCAUACAAAGGAGAUCCUCGUAUCAUCCGUGUUCAAAAGAAUAGACCCUCCGAUUUUCGCGAAGCUCUGGUUAAUAACAUUGUCGAGGGGGUGACACAGUUUGUGAUGGUCAUCCUCCCAUCCAAUCGAGACGACUUGUACCGCGUGGUAAAGACUGUAUGCAACCAUGAGCUCGCCGUAGCGUCACAAGUCAUUCGUGGUCAGACACUGAACGACGAACGCAAAGUGAGAAGUGUAAUGCAAAAGGUCGCACUUCAGAUCAAUUGCAAGUUGGGUGGAGCUUUGUGGACGAUACGUAUUCCAAUGAUAGAAAAGAUAAUGUUUCUUGGGAUGGACGUGUAUCAUGACCCAAAACGCCACAAUCGGUCCGUAACAGCCGUCGUGGCGUCAAUAAACGUGACCUACACAAAAUAUUAUUCUCGCUGUAUAUUUCAACAGCAACAGCAAGAGAGUAUCAGCAGCCUUCGCCCUGUCUUUCUUGACGCAUUGCUAACGUUCCAAGAGCACGACGGAAAUGGGGCCUUCCCAGAUCGUGUCAUCAUGUUUCGAGACGGCGUUGGUGACGGCCAGCUCGAGCUUACUAGACAGUACGAAGUUGCUCAAAUGCUCUCCUGUUUUCAAGAACUUGGGAUCGACCCCAAAUUCACAUUCACGGUCGUCCAGAAGCGAAUCAACGCUAGAAUGUUUCUCGAUACUGGCAGUCACAUUGAAAACGUGGAGCCUGGGACUGUCUUGGAUCACACCGUCACAAGGCGAAAUUAUUUCGACUUUUUCCUGGUGUCCCAAUUAAUACGAGAAGGAACGGUGAAUCCAACCCACUACAUUGUCCUACACGACAACUCGGAUAUAAAACCGGAUGUCAUACAAAAGUUUGCUUACGCAACAUCCUUCAUGUACUACAACUGGGCUGGGUCUAUUCGUGUACCGGCAAUGUGUCAGUAUGCUCACAAAGCCGCUGGUCUGGUUGGGCAACAUAUUGGAAGAGAACCCUCAGCAAAGAUGAAUGACAAGCUUUACUACCUGUGAAACUUAUUAAGAUUAUAUGCACGCUUUCAUAAGAAAUCGGGAUAUUGUAUACUUGUCAUAACAGUAAUAAUUUUACACAGAUUUUUAUCAACAAUUUUAUACAAAGCUAUUAGAAAUUUAUUUUUGUUUAUUUUGAUCUAUCAAUCUACUUCAGUGAACAAUAUAUUAUAUACAUAAUGUUAACCAGUCUAGCCAGCUCACAAUUACGAACUUAUAAUAUAACGAACUUUUUGCCAAUAGUUUUAAAAAUAGUCAACUUAUAUGAAUCUCGACCGAUAAAAAAUUGUUAAAUGUAAUCCUGAUAAUCUUUCUGUUUCUAUAUAAUUUUUGGACAAUAAAUGUACGACACAUUAUUUUAAAAUCCUUAUUAAAGCUUUUACUAGUACUUUUACUUACUCUCCUGUUCUCUCUGCAGAGUGGAGAGAGAAAAGGAGAGGCUAACUUCUCUGUUAGUGGUUACUCAUUAGCGAGCGUUUAUUGUAAUUUUUCAAAUGAUUAUGGUAGAAAUGAUAAAUUAUUUAAACAAUUUCUGAAGAACAAGGUGUAUUUAUUGAAUCGAAAGUGUAAAGGUUGUAACAUUAAUCAAAAUUCAAUAAAAUAUUUGUUAAAUUAAAA